GCGUUGACCCAACAGUCGUUUAUCAAAACAAUGUCAUCCAUCCGGAUCUCAGGGUAACUACCACGAGAGAAACCUUAUCUUGAUGACAUGACCUUAUCGACAGCUCGUCACGUCUGGGUGUUUUGAUGUAAUGUUAGUUUCGAAUUACAUACUCGUCACAAGACUAUGAACUGUAACUUGUGUUACCGGUGUCAUUACACAACACUGUGAAUAUUGAGCGGGACUGUCAGCGACGAUAUGUGUCCAUAAUGAAUAUACCUUGUUUCGUUGGAGUAUGUUUGCUGGUGUUUGGCCAUCUGGUCUCAGGUGAUUGUAACGUCACGCUUCAUGCCCAGAGGGAACCCCUGAAUUUCACAUCUCCAAACUACCCACGUAACUACAGAAAUAAUGAAAACUGUUUCUGGGACAUCUACCCACAAACAAGCGGCUACAGGGUUGUCCUCGACAUGGUCUAUUCCAAUAUCGAGGACUCCAACUCCUGCACAAUGGACGUCCUUACUUUAUACGCGAAAAGUAACGAUAAUACAAAUACGAUCAAGUUUCACCAAAUUUGUGGAGAAACCCGACGGAAUGUUAUUACCCGUAACGACCAACAUUUUCACGUCGUUUUCAAGACUGACAGCAGUACUACCGCAAGGGGUUUCUUAAUUAGAUAUUAUGAAACAGAAGGGGUCUCAAGCUGUGGCAGAUCACUCGUUGCAACAUCUGCAGGCAAGACAUUUACUUCACCCGGAUACCCAAACACUUACCUCACGACACAGUCAUGUACCUGGACUAUUACAACAGAACAUCAAAACCAAACACUUGUACUGGACACUGAGGACUCGGAACUUGAGAGCAUCUCCGCAGUCGGCACUUGUGACUCGGACAACGUCACUGUAUAUGACGGUCGAUACAGUUCUGAUGUACUCGGAACGUUUUGUGGCGACCAACAACCCGUCUUCACCAGCGGUGGGAACUUAAUGCGCGUCCAUCUACAAACAAAUCACGAAAACAACUUCAAAGGAUUCAAAAUACGAUACAAAGCUGUAGAUGCAGCAAGAUGCGUCCUUACGAUACCUGCAGGUGAAAGUCCAAUGCAGCUUGUCUCUCCAGGUUAUCCUCAAGGCUACCAAAGUGGAUUAGAUUGCCACUGGAUCAUAUACGCGCCCACUGGAAGUUUCAUCACUGUUAAAGUUAUCGUCCUUGAUAUGGAGACAGUACCAUUGUGCAGCAACGAUUAUCUGCUCUUUAAAGAUGGUUCCCUUACAAGCAUUGCUCCCACACUGGCAAGGAUUUGCAACGUUAUAUCUUUUCCCAUCAAAAGUGCCAGGAAUCAUAUGGCCAUCCUAUUUCACUCAGACAAUUCCACCACAGGAAGAGGCUUUCGUUUACAGUACUUCGCUGGUUCCGCUUGUGGAAAAUCAAAUAUUUCUGCUUCUACUAUGGACAAGUAUCUUUCGUCUCCUGGCUAUCCAUCACUCUAUUCCAAAAAACUAAAUUGCAAGUGGACAGUUUCGGCCCCAACUGGAUAUAAAAUAGAAGUCUACAUUAUGGAUCUUUAUAUGGACCAGUAUUGCUGGACUGACUAUCUGCUUUUAAAGGACGGUCCCUCAUCUCAAGAUGCUCUGCUAGGAAGGUACUGUGGUUCCCUUUCCACCAGGGACGCUGUCAGCUCUAGCAACUACAUCACCAUAGUCUUUAACACCAAUGGCUCUGUCAGAGGAAUAAAGUUUCGUCUGAAGUACAAAGCAGUGAUACCAACCGCCGAGCGUGUUUGUGGAAAUCGACUCAACGCCGAAGUUUCCAUGACGAACUAUUUGACGUCUCCUGGUUACCCCGGCAACUAUGGCAACAACGUAUCUUGCACGUGGACAAUAUCUACAACAAAUGGAAAUAAGAUAAAAGUUGAAAUCAUGUCCCUUUCUUUGCAACUCUCGGAAGGAUGUACACGUGACUAUCUUCUCUUUGUUGACAAUUCCUCGUCUAGCGCCUCACCGUUGGCUAAAUACUGUGAUACCUUCCUCAAGAACGUCGUAAGCUCCAGCAACUACAUGAUCAUCACGUUCCACACCGACGAAUCUGUUACAAGAGGGUUUUCUUUGAAAUACACGGCGACGCGAGGAUGUGGGGAACAUCACAUGCUAGGAUCUUCUGAAACAACAUUGAUUCAGUCACCGAAUUACCCAUUUUACUACCCACAAAAUGCGGACUGUGAGUGGACAGUCAGCACUGAUGUCGACGCAUAUGUAAUCCAUGUCAAAGUGAAGUAUUUCGACCUUGAGUUUUCCCUUAAGUGUUCUCUCUGACUAUUUACAACUCUACAAUGUCGUGGAAUUAUAUGAAUACUCGCUCGGUCGAUGGUGUGGGUCGGAUGGCCCAAAUACACAGAGUACAGGGACGAGCAUGAAGGUUCGAUUCCACACUGACGACGCCUGGUCCAACCGUGGAUUUGAGUUAGCUUUCACCACCGGCGAGAAAACAUUGGCGGAUACGGCACCGAACGUUGGAGGCAUAAUUGGAGGGGUGACUGGCUUCAUUGUCGCCAUGGCAGUUGUACCAGUCGGCUGUUAUGCAAUUUACAAAA